AUGCGCUUCACACCUUCCGUCGUCGCCUCAGCGGCUCUACUGUCCACCGCCAACGCAGCCAUCAAGGGUUUCAACUACGGUGCCCAGUUCAACAACGAUGCUGCGAAGACUCUGGCCGACUUCGAGUAUGAGUUCAACGCCGCAAAGAACUUGCCCGGUACCGACAGCUGGACAAGCGCUCGUCUCUACACCAUGAUCCAGCACGGAACCCAGAACACUGUCAUUGAGGCCAUCCAGGCCGCUAUCAACACCAAGACCACCCUCCUCCUCGGACUGUGGGCCUCCGCUGGCCAGGAGUCUUUCAACAAUGAGAUUACCGCGCUCAAGGCGGCCAUUGCCCAGUACGGCACCGCUUUCACUGAUUUGGUUGUGGGUAUCUCCGUUGGUUCUGAGGAUCUCUAUCGCAUCUCUGCCGAUGGUGCUGGAGGCAAUCCCGGUACUCAGCCCGACGUUCUCGUCGACUACAUCAAGCAGACUCGCGAUGCUAUCGCCGGCACCAGCCUCUCUGGCGCCAAGCUCGGUCACGUCGACACAUGGCAGGUCUAUGUCAAUGCCAGCAACAACGCUGUUAUUGAUAACCUUGACUGGAUUGGCAUGGAUGCCUAUCCGUACUUUCAGAGCUCCUUCGCCAACGGUAUUGGUGCUGGCGGUGACCUUUUCUUCGACGCCUACAACCAGACUGUUGCUGCCACCAAGGGCAAGCCCGUCUGGGUCACUGAGACUGGAUGGCCCGUUAGUGGCGAGACCGUCAACCAGGCUGUUCCCAGCGCUGACAACGCCCGUAUCUACUGGGAGGACGUCACUUGCAAGCUUGUGAACGACAACGUCAACCUCUACUACUACAUCCUCCAGGACGUUCAGUGGGGCAACCCCAGCCCUUCCUUCGGCAUCAAGCCCGGAGGUGAUCUCGCCCAGGUCUCUCCCCUGUUCGACCUGUCGUGCCCUGCCGCGGCCAAGAACGCCGACCCAUCCAAAGUCAUUGGUAAUGGCUACGUCGCACAGCUAUCACCAACCAUGUCGACUGUUUUCGUCUUUGAUGUUCGUCCCGAAGAUCAAGGCAAGACUUGCAACCUAGCUUUCCACAUGCCACCAGCCUCACCCUGGCCCGAUAUGUCACCUGUCAAGAUUCGGUCGCCAGGUGGUAUUAUCGUAUCCAGUGUGGGUCAGCAAGCUGCUUCGGCGGAGAUCAGUGCGAACGAUGUCGGCAGCUCGAACUUUGUUGGGUGGGUACCAUCUAUUCAGCCUGCCAACCAGUACAACAUUGCAAGCGUUCCUUGCGCAGCGGGCCAGAGGGUUGCGUAUCAAAUCGAGUCUACUGGAGGUCUUACCAUGGACUUCUUCCAGAUGACUGUGCCCCCGCUAGGCCUGUUCAUGUCGGUAUCUUGA